GUCUGGCCCCAGUCUGGCCCAGGCAGCCCUCUCGUCCCUCGUGUGACACCCUACUCUCCAGGCUUCCCCUGUGGAGCACCGAGCGUCUGUGGCCCGAACAUGGCAGUCUUGGCCUGGCAUGAGCCGGGGCUGCUGCUGGCGGUGCUGAUGGUGACCGUGACGUCGGCCCAGCCCACUCACCUGCUGACUUUGCUGUCUUCAGGCCAGGGUGCUCUGGACUACGCGGCUCUGGGCGGCCUGUUAAAUACACUAGCGGCCCGUGUGCACUGCACCUCAGGGCCGUGUGGAAAGUGCCUGUCUGUGGAUGACCUCCUGGCCCUGGGCAGGCCUGAGGAGCCGGGGCCGAGCCUGGGGCCGGCCCUGCAGCCCGCGCACAUCGCCCGCCUCAGUGCGGCUGCUGCCCUCUACCUCAGCGACCCCGAGGGCACGUGUGAGGAUGUCCAGGCCGGCCUCUGGGCCUCCCGCGCUGACCGCCUCCUGGCCUUGCUCGAGGGCCCCAAGGCCCUGAUCCCAGGCCUGAGCAGGCUGCUCCGGAGGAUUCAGGUCCAGACCACCCGCCAGCCCCCCACAGAGGAGGCCUGCGUGGACCUGCCUCAGCUGCUGGAUGAGGCGGCGGGAGCUGGCGCUCCCGGCAGCCCCGGCUUCGUGCUGGCUGCCCUGCUGGACCACGUCAGAAAUGGGUCCUGCUUCCACGCGCUGCCGACCCCCCAGUACUUUGUGGACUUCGUGUUCCGGCAGCACCACAGUGACUCUCCCAACAUCACACUGGACGAGCUGGCAGCCUUGAUGCAGCACCUGGGGGUGGGCGGAGUGGCCGAGGGUGACCACAGUCUCUAUCAUCACCACCAUCAUCUGGGAAAGAGGGCCGACCUCGCCAUCCCGAACAGCAGCUCCAGUGUGUGGGACACGGUGUGCCUGAGUGCCGGGGACGUGAUGGCUGUGUAUGGGCUGUCUGAGCAGACUGGGGUGGCUCCAGACGCCUGGGCCCGGCUGAGCCCUGCCCUGCUCCAGCAGCAGCUGAGUGGGGCCUGCAGCCUCCAGCCCAGUGGCCCGGCCCAAGACCAGCUCAGUCAGGCACAGAAGUACCUGUACGGCUCCCUGGCCACACUGCUCAUCGGCCUCUGCUCGGUCUUCGGCCUCCUGCUGCUAGUCUGCUCCGGCUGCAGCGAGGCUGCUCACUACGUCAUCCAGACCUUCCUGGGCAUGGCCGUUGGUGCUCUCACUGGAGACGCCUUCCUUCACUUGACGCCUAAGGUCCUGGGGCUGCACCAGCAUGGCGGGCACGAUGGGGACGGGGACAGCCACAGCCCACAGACCAUCUGGCGCCUCCUGGUCGCGAUAGGAGGCCUCUACAUCUUCUUUCUGUUCGAAAAACUCUGCGACCUCUUGCUGCCCCUGGACCCAGAGGACCAGAAGGACAAACCUUGCAGCCACACUGGUCACAGUGGCCACAGCCACGGCAUAUCACUGCAGCUGGCGCCCAGAGAGCUUCGGCAGCCCAAGCAGCCCCACGAGGACUCCCGAGUAGACCUGGUGGCAGAGGAGAGCCCUGAGCUGCUAAACCCCGGGCCCCGGAGACUGAACCCAGAACUGAGGCUGCUGCCCUACAUGAUCACACUGGGUGACGGCCUGCACAACUUCGCGGAUGGGCUGGCCUUGGGUGCUGCCUUCGCCUCCUCCUGGAAGACUGGGCUGGCCACCUCGCUGGCAGUGUUCUGCCACGAGGUGCCGCACGAGCUGGGGGACUUCGCGGCCUUGCUGCACGCCGGCCUGUCGGCGCCCCGGGCGCUGCUGCUGAACUUGGCCUCCGCGCUCACCGCCUUCGCCGGCCUCUACGUCGCACUCGCGGUGGGCGUCAGCGAGGAGAGGGAGUCCUGGAUCCUGGCGGUAGCCAUUGGCCUGUUCCUCUACGUGGCGCUCUGCGACAUGCUCCCGGCCAUGCUGCGCGUGAGGGACCGGCGGCCCUGGCUCCUCUUCCUGCUACACAACGUGGGCCUGCUGGGCGGCUGGGCGGUCCUGCUGUUGCUGUCUCUCUAUGAGGACAACAUCAUCCUCUGACGCCUCUCCUCUGCUUCUGGGACCCGGAGCCUGGCUCCUGCCCUGCGCCAUCUCAGCACCUUGGACCGGAACCCACAGGCUGGUACCCAGAGUGUCCCAGGCCUUUUGAGAGUCUCCCUCCCCCAGGC